UACAGAGGAGAGAAAAAAACUUGAAAGACUUGUGCGAAUAACAUAAAUUUUUAUUUAAUUUCGAACCUGAGAAAAUAAUAAAAAAAAAAAUAUUGAAAAAUGGACGAUAUGAAGAAAUAUUCAGUACCUAGCUUGUACAAAACAUGCAUCCGGAAUAUCGCCAGCAACGUGACCUUCUUCAAACACGACAAACAGUAUUUAAAAGUGCUCCCUGCUCACAUGAAGAACGCCGUAAUCCGUUUAGUGACGAAAAUCUACGGCGGCUUCCAGGACGACGAAAUUCUUCGACUAAUGCUCAACUCGGAGCUCGACGACUUGGAUUUAACAAUUUGUAAAGUGACAGAUCGACUUUUGGAAGACUUGCGAUAUUGCAAAAACUUGAGAAAUUUGGUCCUGCCGCCGCUUAAUAACACAGACUGCACAAAAGAGACACUUUGUGACCUCAUCCCGUGCUUGACACGUCUCGAAAGUUUGCAUAUCAAGGAUUCGCUGAUAGUGGAUGAUCAUGUUGUCGCCCUAAUUGCCAGGCAUUGCAAGCAUUUGGACUUGCUAAAUUUGGAAAAGUGCAUGGCGAUCACGGAUGACGCGAUGUUGCAUUUGCGCGAAAUGAAAUUAACAAAACUUAGUUUGGCUCAUACAAAUAUCUCGGAUACCGGGAUCAUUCACAUCGAAAACAGUGAGCUGGAAAAUCACUUGGAAGACUUUAACGUCAAGUACUGCAAUAUUAGUUGUGCGGGCCUGAAUCACUUGCGAUGGGACAAAAUUAAGUACAUCGGAUUCGAAGUUGUCGAUAUUAAUAGUAAGGAAACGCGAUCGGAAGCCCAAAAAGGCACCGGUCUUUGUUGGUUUCAUAGAGAUAUUGUGUUAGCUUGAGCUUUUUUUUAGUUGAUUUGCGUGAUGAUGACGAUUGCUGAUGUUUUUAAUCUUCUUCCUUGUACAGAUCGUCUCUCGCAUUAAAUGCGAUACUUAAUAGCAACAACAACAACAGCAGUCGUCAUUAUCAUUUUUACCUCAAAACAUUUUUUUUAUAUCUGUAUUUUUUUAUUUCAACAUUCAUUUUGCAUUUCAUUACCUAUAAUAUUAAAUUUUAAUAUUUUUUCAAUUAAGCAACUGUAGCACUUAAGUAGACUGACUUGCAUAGCUAGCUAGAGUUGACGUUUGUACGCACAAUUUAAAAAAUUACUUAGAGAGAAUACUAAUGAAUGAAUUUGUGUUUGUUUGUAGUUGUUAUUGUUUAUAAUUUUUAAACUAAGGCUGAUUGAAAUUUAUUUUUUACUUUUUGUUUCCUACCCAGAAAGUCAAAAAUUCGAAAUAAAAAAAUUUUAAGGGAA